AUGCAAGAACUGUACAAGGAACCGCCUUCGAACAUCAGAUGUGCUCUGAAAUAUAUUCGAUGGACGUUUCUUGCUCCUAGUGGUCAAAAGAGAAAAGGUGCUUCUCAUCAUACCAGGCGUGUAACACUGUUUCUGGCCAGAGCUGCGCAUAGUCUCGUGAAAGCCAAAGUAUUGCCGCCAUCUAGCAAGAGUAGUGGAAAAUUUGAAGUGAUCCUUCAAGAUUUGGAAAUGUUGCAUUUUGGACCAUAUGAGUACGAAUGGAGACGGGCCGACGAUCGCAUUGAGAAAAUAAAUAACAGACUUUCUGUGGUGUUCGCCCCGCUCGCUAUCACUGAUUAA